UCUGGACCGAGUAGUAUAUUAUCCUCACAGAAGCUGCCAAUGACAAGAGUUGUAACAUCAGCACAGCAGAAAGCUGGAAGGACUAUAACAGCCCGAGUGACUGCACGCUCAGAUCUAACACAGAAGAUCAGUAAGACUGGGACCAACAUCACCUCUAUGGGGGUGUCCCCACCAAUGAGCUCCAUUGUGGUUGAGAAACAUCAUCCGGUUACUCAGCAAACUAUCGCUCAGGCCACAGCAGCAAAAUACCCCCGUUCAACGUUACAGAGUUCCAGCUCCAUGAGUGGCAGAGGCACUGGGCAUAGCACACGAGUAUCCCAAGUUCACGGCAGUGUCCAUUCCAUAAAAGUCGUUGACUGA